AAGCAGAGGCUUGGAAUGCAAAUCCCGGAAGCGAUGUGGAACGCAGAACUAGGAAGUGAUGUGUCUGUGAAAGCCUAACGUUUUUUUUUUCCGGGUUACGUGAUAAAUACAUAGUAAGAACGACCGAGGCCGGGGCUGUGGAUGAGUAGAGGGGAUUAUAUACGCUGCUCUGCCCUGACUGCUACUUCAAAAGGUGCAACAGCACACGGAGGAAAGAAGGGUGCGGGGGCUGUGUCUGUGUGUGAUCUGAUGGCUGUGGACAUGAUGUAGUUCUUGUUGACCAGCGAGAGUGCGCGGCAUUGGUCACCUGCCCCAAGGUUGUUUUUUUUCAUUGAUGAGAAUGGAUCCUAACAGAAGUCAGGUGACUGGAGUGCUAAAUCUUACACUGGAGAUCAUCUACAUGCUCACUGGCGAGGACUACAUAGUUGUGAAGAAGACCCCUAGAGAACAUGACACAGAUAGCUCAUAUGGUUCAGAAGCACUGAACAGGACCCAGAGCCCCUCUACAGAGCUUCAACAUAACUCACUUCGUCAGGGUAGAACCAACGACAAGAAGAUCCUAGAACUCACAAACAAGAUUAUUCAUCUACUAACUGGAGAGGUAUGGCAGUAUUUAGAAGGACAUACAAAUCUUUACAAGUAUGUCGUGAUGGAGAAUCGGCAGCUCCUCACAUCUUUUGAUUUAACAGAGAACAAAGAGCCAGGUCCACAGGAUAGGAAUUUUGUUGACGUGGAAAUGUAUACACCCAUGGACCAUAUGCUAAUAAAGGAGGAACCACACUCAUAUGAUGAGGAAAAUGUCACUGACCAUCAUACACAUAGCAAUUCUACUUCAAUUAAGGUGGAACCAGCCUCUUAUGAACAAAGUAAUCUAACCAUCCAUGAUAUUUCCACAUCCAUAGAUUGUACACAGCACAAAUCAAAUCCUAAUGUUAAGAGGGAACCUUGUGACAAUGAAACUUUUAUGGAUUCUAAUAAUUUUACACCCAAGGGUUGUACAGAACUGGAUUAUACAAUUACUCAUAUUUCAGGAGAUGUUGAAGAAGAUACUGGAACCCAUAAAAUGGAUGAUGCUUUUAGUGGUUUAAUUUGUUCUUCUGAUGUUGAUGAACAGCAUUCAGAAAAUAAGAUGCCUUGUAGGUCACUUAUGGUAGCAACUCAAGGAACUACACCUGCAAAGGAACAAUACCCCUGUUCUGAACAUGGAAGUUUAUUGUCUGAUCAGUCCAAUUUAGCAAAACCCCCAAAACGUCAGCCAGGAAUGAAGAUUUAUACUUGUCUUGUAUGUCAUAAAUGCUUUAGUACUAAACUAGGCCUUUUUAAACAUCAAAUAACUCACAUAGGCCAAGGAAAGAAGGUUAUGAAUUCUAUUGACUUUGCCCCAGAUGGCACAGUUGUUGAUCCUGUUACUAAGCUAAGUAAUGGCAAAGGGCUGGUAAAGUCUAAUGUUGAAUGUAAAGUAAAACCUUUGGAUGGAAGAAAUCGGACAUGUCAACAUCAAACAUUUCUAGCUAAUAAACUGAAUGAUCAGCAAGACAGCAUUUGUAUGGAGUGUGGAGAAGUUUUUUCCUCUAAACCUCAAGAAAAGUCAAUUCUUUCUGGGAAGUUUUUGUGUUCAGAAUGUGGAAAAUGCUUUGCCAGCAGCUCUCAUUUGGUUGUCCAUGAAAGAACCCACACUGGAGAGAAACCUUUCAUGUGUACUGUAUGUGGUAAGCAAUUUGCUACUAAAUCUACUCUUGUCAUCCAUCAGAGAAUACACACGAGAGAAAAACCUUAUUCCUGUACCGAGUGUCAAAGACGAUUCCCCUGCAACUCACAGUUAAUCAUACACCAGAGAACACACACAGGGGAGAAGCCAUAUUCCUGCUCUGAAUGUGGCAAAGGAUUUAUCAGUAACUCUGAUCUUCUGAGGCAUAACAGAAUCCACACAGGAGAGAGACCCUUUAGAUGUUCUGAGUGCGGAAAAUGUUUCUCUCAAAAACCACAUCUUCGAGAGCAUCAGAAAACACACAGAAGAUAACUUGUAUUUUUUAUUUUAGCUAACUUAAAUUUAUUUAUGUCCACUGAAAUAAGUGUAUAUUUUUCAAUUUAAAAAUGCAUAUUAAAAGUAUAUAUGCAGUGUUUUUUUUUUUUUAUCCAUAGGAAUAUGUUCUAAUUAUACUAAUAAAGGAGUUUGCUCUUUUUUCGUCAAUAAGCCCAGAAUGUCAGCUUUCAAAAAAAAAUUCUAAAUCUAGGACUUGCCUCCCACCGCUUCCUUGGUGACUCUGGUAUCUCGUCCCGGUCUCUACUACAAUCCUCUUCCUGCUUUUUAGGAAACACUGAAGCUCACUGAUCUCUGGCCCUUGCAGUGCCCUUCUUUGGCCAGUGAUUGGCUGAGUGGCAAUAUGACCGAUUGGGCCAUUCUGUGCUUAUUGAAAAAAAAAAAAGAUUUUGGCCUGUACCUAUAAAGAUCUUAUCCUAUAUAACGCUUUGCCAAGCAUUAUAUAGGGUGAAAUCUGAUGAUUAGUUCCCUUUAACAGAGGCUGAUGCACAUGAGUCCUGAGCCUUUCCAGCUUUAGUGGAGUUGUACGGCCUCUGUGCUGCUAGCUUUCCUACCUACCUCAAGUUCAUAAUUUCAUACAGUCAAGAGUAUUAUCCAUUUACCAGAAAAAUACUCUGAUUGUAUGAACUUUGAUGCAUAUUGUAGAAUAGAGGCUCAAAUGGGCAUUCCAGGAAAAAAAGUAUAUAGUUUUGUUCCAAAGCUUUUACUAAAAAGUUAUAUAACUUUGUAAUUCAAUUAAAUGUUUUCAAAUUUUUUUUUUUUUUUUUAAGUUUUUAACA